AUGGAUAAAGAGGACUGCAUAAGCAUCCUGAAUGAUCAAACCAUACAGGUGAAGGAAGAAGACCAUACAAUUAUGAACCCGUUAAGAUGGUGCAUAAGCAAGAAUUUUACGGGUGAGAGCGUGGAACUUGUAGGAUAUACCAUCCCACAUCCAUCUGAUGAUGUCUCUAAUUUAACCAUUCAGUUUUCUUCUGAGUCGUCACAAACGCCUCCAAAUCUUCUUAAGAAGAUGGUGGAAGGUCUGGAGUGUAUGGAGGCUAUCGGAAACAAAAUGUUAAGCGAGAUAGAGAGGUUUGGGAAUGAAACUAAUAAAUAG